AUGAGUUACUGCAAGGUCACCACCGGGAACUGGCUAGACACGGACAGGAUCCCGAACGAGAUCAAGCUUAUCAUCCUCGAGCACGUCCUCGAGCCCAAGACCUUGGGAUGCCUUGCGAAAGCCUACGAAUGGGUGGAGCCGCUAUGGAACCGAUACCCAACAUUGCUGUUCCCACCUGCCCUGGAACAUCUGAUGUCCCUCAUUCACCCAGAGGCACCGGUCAGGGGCCGGAUAAUCAUGGUUUACCUCAUCCGGACAACCAGAAACAGGCACAGGGCUGCCGUGGGCGACCGCCCGGAGACGCAGGCGGAGACGGACAGGCUCCAGGCCAAGCUGCUCCGCAUCCUGGAGAUAGGGAGAGAGGGCCUACAAGAACAUUAUAUCAGGCCCGCGCUCCAGGCGAUCCUGGACAUCGCGGCGGUGGCCGGGGACCUCGCGAGGGUGACGGACCGGUACUCGAACGACGCCUGGAAGAGGGUGCACCAGAUCGCCGCCGCCGUCGACCGGCGGCACAACAAGUACGAGGACCUGAGCACCCCGCCGCCGGUCGAGCUCGACCCGGCCGAGACGCGCCGGUUCUUCCGCUCGUUCCUCGCGGCCGAGAUCUACCUCCUCACCAAGUUCUGGACCACGAAGCGGGGACAGCGCCACGUGUUCGACAUGGGCGGGAACGUCGACCACUUCCUCCCCAGACCAUAUGAUACCAACCGGGCGGGCCAGUUCGAGUCGUGCCUGCGAUUCAUGUUCGACGCCCACCGCGGCUACCUCAAGGAGGCCGCGAGGGGGCUGGGCGCGCCGGAGCUCCCGCCCAGGGACGACCUCCAGUGGGUCCCGAGCAAGCGCGAGGUGCGAGACUACGCGUACGAGGACUAUGACACGACCGUCAAAGACGACGCAGGCCGCCCAGGAGCAGACUUCGCCCACAGGUCAGUGUCGGAGGAGCAACGCUUCCUCCUCUGGCAGUGCGAGGGCGGCAUGGAGGCCAUCUCGCAGUCGGAGCAGCGCCCCAGCGCGCAGCGCAGGGCCGAGCUCCUCGGCGCCUUCAGCACCCUCCGCCCCGCCUGGGACACGGUGGAGCUGCGGCACCGGGCGUGCCGGUACGACACGGUCCAGGACGUGCCGCGGGCCCUCGUCCAGUACUACGGCGCGCGCAUGGUCUACAGCCCGGAGCGCAACCGGCACCCCGUCGGGAGCCUGUACCCGGCCGGCACGCAGCUGCGGUACCCCGAGGCGACGGCGCCGUGGGCGUGCGCGGCGCUCAUGCUGGCGUGGGAGGUGUCGCACGGCGGGCCCGGGGCCGUCACGAUGGGCCUCGUGCGGAGGCAGGGGCUGACUAUCGGGUGGCAUACCCGCUGGCUCAUGCACUGCGACACGGACAGGAACAGGGGCGACCGGGUCCCGCAUAUCCGUGAGGGCCCGGACGGUGUGUACUAUGUCCCCUUUGGCCAUCUUUACCUGCUGGACCCGGUGCAGUAUGAGUUGCGCCUGUGGUCCGGGCUGGAUAUGGCCACCCGGCGGUCCUGA